AUGCUGGGAUACAAGUCGACAGGAGCGACUUUGCAAAAGUCAGCGUCAGCAGGUGCUGCUCGCGUGCUGGCUCGUAACUCGACGAAAUCAACUACCAAACAGUUUUCAAGAUGUUUCACGGCCCUGAAAUCUAAUACUAUUACAGGUACACAGACUGGAACUAUCCAAAAUACAACCAAUGGCAAACUGAAACGGAAUUUGACUAGAUCAACUCUUAUUAACAGUAGACUAAGGACGUCAAUUACACAUAAUGGUAGGAGAUCAUAUUCGACUUCUCCAGAAGAAGGAGAGGCAGCAGCAGAAGAAGAGUUCCCCGAACUUUCGGAGCCGAGAGAGGCUGACGAAGUAGAUGUUUGUAUUGUGGGAGGAGGUCCUGCAGGUCUUGCUGCUGCUAUUCGAUUCAAGCAAUUGGAUCUAGAAAAGGGCUCUGGCGAGCUGAGAGUUAUUGUUUUAGAAAAAGCUAGUGAUAUGGGUGCUCAUACUGUAUCAGGAGCAGUACUAGAGCCUCGUGCUUUGGACGAGUUACUGCCUGAAUGGAGAGAUGACCCCUCUCUGCCAGAAUCAGUUACUCCAGUAACCUCCGAGGCCAUGAGAUUCCUCACUAAAUCAAUGACUAUUCCAUUACCAGAACCACCACAAAUGAAGAAUCACGGUAAUUACAUUGUAUCAUUAAACCAGAUGGUCAAGUGGUUGUCCGAAAAGGCCGAGGAGAUCGGAGUUGAGGUAUACCCAGGAUUCUCGGUAUCUGAGUUGGUUUAUGACGAGCAAGGACGUGUCAAGGGCAUUGCUACCAAUGACCAGGGUGUUUCUAGAGAUUUCAAGCCCAAAGCCAGUUUUCAAAGAGGUAUGGAGUUCCAUGCCAAGAUCACUCUGCUGGCCGAAGGAUGUCAUGGUUCAUUAUCUAAACAGGUGAUUAAAAAGUAUGACUUGCGAAAGGACUCUGAUCCUCAGACUUAUGGCCUUGGUAUCAAAGAGGUGUGGGAGGUGCCCAAGGAAAAGUUUAAUAAGGGCUUUGUAGGCCACAGUAUGGGUUGGCCUCUCAGCUCGGAUGUGUAUGGAGGUGGAUUUAUCUAUCACUUUGGUGAUGGUUUAGUCACUGUAGGAGCGGUGAUUGGUCUUGACUACAAAAACCCCUGGAUCUCGCCAUAUCAGGAGUUCCAGAGAAUGAAGCACCAUCCUUUCUAUGCCAACACCCUCAAAGGAGGAAAAUGCAUUUCGUACGCCGCUAGAGCUCUUAACGAAGGAGGACUUCAAUCGAUUCCCAAACUUUCAUUCCCUGGUGGUGGUCUAAUUGGAUGUACUGCCGGUUUCGUCAACGUGCCCAAGAUCAAGGGUACUCAUACAGCCAUGAAAACAGGCAUGCUUGCAGCCGAGUCGGCUUUCGACUCGAUCUCUGCUUUCAACUCCGCUAUUGAAGAGGGUCAAUCUGAAUCUGAAGUUACUGCACCUUCAGUCGAAUCGUAUGAAGAAUCGUUCAAGGAUUCCUGGGUAUAUAAAGAACUUCAUGAGAUUCGUAAUGUUCGACCUUCAUUCAACAACCCACUGAAAAUGUGGGGAGGUGUCAUGUACUCUGGACUGGAUACACUGAUUCUCAAGGGCCGUACCCCCUGGACAUUCCACCACAAACACACCGACUCUGGUGCCACUGAACCAGCAUCCAAAUACAACAAAAUCGAGUAUCCCAAGCCCGACGGCGAGCUAUCUUUUGACAUUCUAACCUCGGUAUCCCGUACCGGAACCAACCACGACGAAGACGAGCCCUGCCACCUGCGAAUCCCCGACCAAGACAACCGCAAGCACACGGAGAUCGCAUACCCCAAGUACCAGGGCAUCGAGAACCGGUUCUGUCCAGCCGGAGUCUACGAAUACAUCGAAGACGCGUCCGAACCCCUCGGAGUGCGAUUCCAAAUCAACUCGCAAAACUGUAUCCACUGCAAAACCUGCGACAUCAAAGUGCCCACCCAGGACAUCAACUGGACCGUCCCCGAGGGCGGCGACGGGCCCAAAUAUUACAUGACUUAA